AUGUGUCAAAACUCGGUGUCUCACUUAGGAAACCGUUUGUUAAGCGAUGAAGGUUUGGUUUUCACUUUUAAUGCUUGGGAUUAUGUAAAGUUUUCUGAAGAAGACGUUAAAUUUGCCCUUCUUUUGGUAGAAAACCAGAAGGAAACUUGCGUUAAUGAUGAAGAUAGAACUACUUAUGAAAAUCAGUCUUCACAAUUUUGGGACUUCUUUUAUUCCGUGCAUCAAAACAAAUUUUUUAAGAAUAGAAACUGGAUAUCUAUAGAAUUUCCUGAAUUACUUAUAACAAAUCAACCUUUGAAAAUACUUGAAGUUGGCUGCGGUGUCGGAAAUACUAUAAUUCCUUUACUUAAUAAUAAUUUAAAUCCGGACUUAUUCGUAUACGGCGUUGAUCAUUCCUCUACCGCCAUCGAGCUUCUUAAUUCUUCUACUGAUCUUGAUAAAAAAAGAUCCCGCGUGCUUAUUUAUGAUAUUACUGACUCUGCUGAACAGUAUCCUGUCGAUUUUAAUUCUUUGGACUUUUGUACGUGCAUCUUUACUCUUUCAGCAAUCCCACCGCAAAAGUUUCGCUUAGUGCUCUCCAAAAUUUAUAAAUUAUUGAAGCCAGGAGGAAAAUUACUUUUUCGCGACUACGGCAGAUUUGAUCUUUCUCAACUUCGAUUUAAGAGAAAUCGUUAUAUUUCUGAGAACUAUUACGUAAGAGGGGACGGCACGACCACUUAUUUUUUUGAAAAAGAGCUUUUAAGAGCAAUGAUGAUUGAAUUAUCUUUUAUUGAAGAGCAACUCGAACUUGAUGAAAAGUUAAUCGUUAAUCGGAAAACACAACAAAAAAUGCAUCGGGUUUGGAUUCAAGGGAAGUUUGUAAAACCUCACUCGUGAUUAUUUUUUUGAUUACUUUGCAAGGCGUUACGGCAUUAGAAAAAAAAAUUGCGCGAUUUUAAGCAUUUAUUGUAGCAAAUGC